AUGAAUGGCGACAACCACAAGAAACCCAAGCCCAACUCUUCCUGUCCAUGUGGUUCUGGAAAGAAGUACAAGAAAUGUUGUUUCCAAUACACUUCGGCGGCGAAGUCUGCCAGUACUGGAGAAGGUGUGGAAUUGAAGGAGCUCUGGAGUUACAGCAACACGAAGGAAGCUGAAGAACAAAUGGAAAUGUUCCAGCGAUUGGACAGUACUUCGCCCGAAGAGAAAACGAGACUUGCCAAGAUGGGUGGUGACCCACAAGCGGUCGAAUUGAACCAACGAAUGCAAGACCGACGAGAGAUGCUAAAGUUUUAUAUCCCUCUCAUGUGCCAUGUGCAAGAUGUUUCCAAAGAGGAGUGGGAGGCAGCCUAUGACAGGGAGAACGAUGACUACUUGUUGAUUCUAUUCCAAAUGGUCAUCCAAAAUGUGCCGGCACUGGCCACGGCUGAAAACAUUUCGCAAGCCAAGGUCGAAGAGAUGCUGCAGCAAGGCAACUUUCUCAUUGACACGAACAAUUUGCUCAAGACUGCACCCUUGGGAUGGAUGAAACAUGAGGAGUAUUUUGCCAUAGAGAAAGCACUUGGAUCCUUCCUGUUCCGCCGAAAAUGCACUGGAUUUGGCCAGCGCGAAUGGCGAAAUCCUGGAGAAGAAAAUGUCAGGAGCCCGCUGGCCGCUCUGAGGUUAGCCCUCGCUUCCAAGACUCUUUCGAAGAGCAAGUUGCAAUGUUGGAAGAUGAUGAAUACACAAGGCUUUCGAUCUAAAAGAGCCAGCGGCAUUCUGAAAACACAUGAGAGAAUUUUGGACGAUCCACGGAGCGGGAAUGAGUACCUGAGUGGGAAAGGAUUUCUGGCUGCUGGAGCCCACCAGCUUCCUUUGUACGCCAAUCACCAAGUCAAGCUACUAGUGGGCCUUUCGUCCGACAAAUUCAACAACAAGCGUGGCACAAUCACCGACAAAGACCCAAAUGCACCAGGACGGAUGGGAGUCUCACUGGAUGGCAACAACAAACCAAUGAGUCUGAAGGCUACGAAUUUGCUUAGCAUGGAAGUGAAAUCAAUUGCCGAGAUUCUGGUGUAUCGUUCUCUGGAAAUCGACCUUGAAGACACAGGUACAUGGUUUGCCACUCCACCCGCAUUGACCCUACACCGUAAAUGUGCCGUGGUCACAUGUACUUCAUUGAUGACUCAAGUUGGAUACAGAGCACCUCUCCUGUGGCAACGAGCCAUGAAAGUAGCUUCCCUCAUGCUCGCCCCAGGAGGGAUAUUCUUGUAG